AUGACUCCCACUACGUUAGCAUCUACACUAUUUUCGCCGCGUGCAGGAUACGAUGCCUCAGCGGAGGCUAUUCAGCUGCCUGUAUCGACAGGCACGCCUGCGUCGUUCACGUAUGCCCAGGUUCAACAGAUGGUAGCGCAUGUGCAAGCGCAACUGGCCUCGCUCGAUCUACCGGCAGGUUCGACCGUAAGUAGCAGCUUGAUCAACAACACGGAAUUCGUUGCAGCUUUUCUGGCCACAGCUGAGGAAGGACUGGUCGCUGCGCCGCUGAACCCUAACUACAAAGAGGCAGAAGUGCACUUCUACCUGGAUGAUACCAAGUCGAAGUUGCUGAUUUUGCCGCAUGGUACACUGAAAGGGGAUGGUGCCUCGGAUGGCGCGCUUGCGGCUUUGAAAGCUGCGCAGGGUCUUCAAGUGCGUGUAGUCGAAAUCAAGCUCGAUGUGGCCACUGCGACCAUGAACCUGCUUGAUGGCGACACACCGCUGCCCACGGCGACCACGCGGCAGGCCCAUGAGAACGACACUGCGUUGGUCCUGCAUACGUCUGGCACUACAGGUCGACCUAAGGCUGUGCCACUGACCCACAAGAACUUGCUUACCUCGAUGCACAACAUCCAAAAUACCUACAAGCUGACACCGCAAGAUAAGACGUUCCUGGUCAUGCCCCUAUUCCAUGUACAUGGCCUACUCUGUGGUCUAUUGGCCUCGUUCUUGGCCGGUAGUGCUGUGGCAAUUCCUUCGCGUUUCAGUGCCUCGACAUUUUGGGAGGAUGUGCAGGCAUGCAAGGUCAACUGGUACACGGCUGUACCGACCAUUCAUCAGAUUGUGCUCACGCUCGACCGUCCUACGCCGCUGCCGCAGUUCCGCUUCAUCCGUUCGUGCUCCUCGUCUCUGUCACCUACGACAUUCCAUGCGUUGGAGGAAGCGCUGAAUGCGCCGGUCCUCGAGGCGUAUGCCAUGACAGAAGCAUCACAUCAGAUGACGUCCAACCCGGUGCCUCCCGCCAAGCGUAAGCCAGGCACCGUCGGUAUUGGACAUGGUGUCGAAGUGAAAAUCCUCAACGAAAAGGGGGAGGAACUACCGCAAGGCCAGAAUGGGGAAGUCUGUGUUCGUGGCGCCAAUAUCACUCAUGGCUACCUGAACAACGACAAGGCCAACCGAGACAGUUUCUUCCGGACAGAGUUUGGUAACUGUCCGCCCGAAUCGGAUGGCUACUUGCGUACGGGUGACCAGGGUCGCAAGGAUGAGGAUGGCUACCUGGUGCUGACGGGCCGUAUUAAGGAACUGAUCAAUCGCUCUGGUGAGAAGAUCAGCCCGUUGGAAAUCGACAGCGCUCUUCUGUCUCUUUCGGGCAUCAAAGAAGCUGUCUCGUUCUCUAUGCCUCACGAUAUGUAUGGCGAAGUGGUCGGCGCAGCUGUCGUCCUGAAAGAAGGCGCGACGGGCAUUGAUCAGGCAUCGAUCCAGCGCGACUUGGCGGAGAAGCUGAUCAAGUUCAAGAUUCCGGAGAAGAUUUGGAUUGCAGAGAUUAUCCCGAAGACGGCCACAGGCAAGAUCCAGCGUCGCAAUGUCGCUAGCGCCUUUUUGGGUGCCUAA